CUACUAUUUCCUCCAUACACCACAACAUCUUUUUUUUUUUUCGGUGCAAUUAAACUCCCAAUAGGCAAGUGCACUUUCUGAUCCUUCGAAUCGCCAUCUUAUCGACAACAGCUUAGCAACGUCAACCCCUCUUUUGGUGGGGGGUCCCUCAGGUGCUUGCCUCGACGCCGGUCCGCAAUUGCAUCACUCUACAGCGUAGCGCAGCACAGCACGAUGCCUCCGCGAACGUCCGCCCUCACAUCUUCAUUUUCGGUUUCCGACAGCUCCCUGAACGAGGUUAUUUGCCCGCUUAGGAAUCAAGAUGGCUCAAGCUGCCGCAAGCGAUGCAUCGGCGAGAAGAGGUAUCGCUCUAUGCAAGAGCACAUCCGAAGAGCGCACCCGGAACACUACAUAUCCAAGCUUCCUGCAACCGAGGAGAGCUUCCUUCUUAUGAUCAACACCCCGCCUAGCGAACGACCGCAGCAAAGCCCAGCGACCGCUCCUCGGCCGCCCGCAAUCGACCAUCUCAAGGGAAGUGGUUAUUCGCAUGAUCGGCAACAUGGUUACCACCGCGACGAAUCCAGCGCCCCGCCGACGCCGCGGAACCCGGAAGAAUAUCCACCAGUCACUCAGAUGCUUCCUGCCGCCAGUGCUGCAGCCGCAUUGGCCCAGCUGCACAAACACAGCAUGGAGCCGGAAUGGGGCGACUCUGAACCUGGCUGGCACUCUGAUUCGGAAAAGGGGAGGCUACCGAGGUCAUCGAUAGAACUACCACCGAUUCAUCUACUAGGAACCGAUUCUGCAGGGGACUUGUUCACCAUGUCGGGAAGCUCAAGCAGGCACAGGGACAUGUUACCGUCAAUUCUUGCAACAUCACCGCCGGGACGAUCAUCGACGCUGCCACCUCUCCAGCGACCCCUGGGCCCGAACCGCCCACGGAAGCAGUCAAUCACAAAACGGGGCAGAGAGUCGCACCACAAAAAGCAAAGAUCCAGAGGUGCCGCAGCCGACUGGCUUCGGCGGAUCCAAAACGAUACGGGCGGAUUGACUCCGGGGGACCGGCUAAGGCCAGGCGACCCUUUCAGCAAGGCCAAGUCGGCGGAGCCAACGGGGGACACGGGGAGACGUUGGGAAGACUUGAUCGACGCGGCGGCAUCGGCCACGGAAGAAGUCGACGAGGACAGGACGCCUGUAGGUCCGCGCAGCCCCUAUUUGAUCGACCCGGCCCUGACUUUUCAGGUACCGCAAUCCCCCAUAUCUGUCCACCGCGCAUCACUUCCCCCUUUUCCCCAACCGCCGUCCUUCCCGAGUCAAAACAACUAUCAGGCCUCGCCCCUGCAGCAGGCCCUGACACCUCCUUCGUAUAUUCAAGAGGUGCCCGACCCAUUUCCUUCUGUCGAAAGCGCCGAGAGCGGUGAUAACUUCCACAUGGAGUCCCGGGGGCUCUCGGACUCGUCCCCGAGCUAUUCUUCUCAAAACACUCAAAUCUACUGCGCGGCCUGCCAGGGCGUAUCUUUACUCAAAGAGUCGUAUGCGUGCACCGAGUGCAUUUGCGGUCUAUGCCCCGCUUGUGUCGAGGUCUUGAUGAGCGAGCAAGGAGCGAGAAGGAAGUGCCCCCGCUGCGCCACCAUAGGGGGUCGCUACAAGCCAUUUCAGCUCGAUAUCAGGUGAAAACGGAACCGGUUUUCGACCAUCGGUCAUUUUGGGGGUUCUCAUUUCACCAGUCCCAUUUUCCUCUCUUCACCGUUUGAUUAUAUUAUACCUCUCUCACGCUUCACCGCGUGAUUCCCGACAAGAUGCAUUCGUUAUGCACCAUAUCAUACACUGGCAGCGUUCCUCUUAUACUCCGUUGGCAUUGCUUUUUUAUUGUUUCAUUCACUUUUGUUUUUUUCACCAUCAUUCACGGUGUUCGGGUCAGGGGGUUUUGCUUUUAGCGCAUAUCGGAGUUUCUGAUUUCGAGUCAAUUCUCUGUUACCAAGCCUGUUUCAUUGUCGGGCCGUUUGAGCCGAUGAAAGGCUUCUUUUUUUUAUGAAACUUGCUGUAUCUGCCUGUCCGGGUGGCGGUGGUCCUGCACGUUAUUGUUUGAACCGCUAUGUUCUUCAUUCAGCGGCAUGCCUUGUGGCUUUGCAAUUUUGCGCUUAUCUGACCCGGAACAAGAUUUUGUGUUCAUGGGACUGUUCAUUCUUGAUAUACUAGAGGCAGCGGCGUGUCCGUUUCAGCCCGACUAAAGCGAUCCUGGUGGGCGCAUUUUUGCUUCGAAUGUAAAGCUGUGCUUAAACUCUAACCAGUUACUUCUUUUCUCCUUCGGUUGCAUGGGUUCUGUUUUAUCCACGGGUUUCCUUUCAGGGAACUCGCUGCUUUCUGCCGAAUAUAAGUUGAUAGACUUGAUUUUCAAAUACAUAUUUUGACCAAUAAAAAACAUGGAUUGUGCCG